GUUCCAGCUGGUCAAGCGGUCGGACCACCUCUUCCUUUCCAUUUCUGUACGCUCGAAACGAUCGCUACUCCGGCUUCGGUUUCGCGCACAAUCUCGGUCCGUGAGGGGAUUUUUUUGUUGUAAAUUUCGAUUCCAAAGAGGAAGAACGCACUUUCUUUGUUCAGCUGAUCGAGGCGGUUCAGUGAAGUUUAGAAAAAGGGAGAGAUUUUACGAAAAAAACAGAAUAAAGUGUUUGUUCCAGCUUCAGCCAAUAAGAAGGUGAAAAGUGCUGAGAGAACUUAAUAUUUUGGGACGCCGAAGUUCUAGGAAAAUCAUGUAAACAGUUUGGACCUCUUCCAUCGUGCGUCAAGUGAUUUAACUCGUUGAGAAGAAAAACAAAAAGCAGAAGUUAUUUACAGAAAAACAACUAUUAAACUCGUCAAGCUACCGCAACAGACGGCCGUUCUAUCGUGUGUGUGUGUGCUUUUUUUGUGUUUGUUUUAAGUGAAGUUUUAUUUAUCAAACAACGAAAUAAAGAGGAAAAAAAUCGAUUUCGUAGAAGUGCCAAAGUUUGAAAGGUUUUAAUCAAGAAAAAAAGUGUGGAUUAAAUGGCGACCAAGAUGAACCUGUCCUUUGCCGGGUGCGGCUUCCUGGGAAUCUACCACGUCGGGGUGGCCGUUUGCUUCAAGAAGUAUGCCCCACACUUGCUGCUGCACCGGAUUAGUGGUGCUUCGGCCGGGGCCCUGGCCGCUUGCUGUUUGCUGUGCGAUAUGCCGUUGGGUGAAAUGACGUCGGACUUUUUCCGCGUGGUCAACGAAGCCCGCAGCCACUCGCUGGGUCCGUUCAGCCCGCGCUUCAACAUCCAAACGUGCCUGCUCGAGGGCCUCCAGAAGUUCCUGCCGGCCGAUGCCCACGAGCGCGUCAACGGCAAGCUGCACAUCUCGCUGACGCGCGUGUACGACGGCAAGAACGUCAUCGUGUCACAGUUCCACAGCCGCGAGGAUUUGCUGCAGGCUUUGCUGUGCGCUUGUUUCAUUCCGGUGUUUUCGGGGAUUUUGCCGCCACGGUUUCACGGUGUGCGGUACAUGGACGGAGCAUUUUCGGAUAAUCUGCCGACGCUGGACGAGAAUACGGUGACGGUUAGUCCGUUCUGCGGCGAGUCGGACAUUUGCCCGCGCGACAACAGCUCGCAGAUGUUCCACGUGAACUGGGCGAAUACGAGCAUUGAGUUGUCCAAGCAGAACAUGAACCGGUUUGGACGGAUUUUGUUCCCGCCGCGGCCGGAGAUUCUGUCCUCGUUCUGCCAGCAGGGAUUCGACGAUGCGUUGAACUUUUUGCACCGGAACAAUCUGAUCAGCUGUACGCGGUGCUUGUCGGUGCAGUCGACGUUCUGCGUGUCGGAACAGCCGAAACAGUUGGAGGAACAGCUGCUGGAGGAGUACGAUCCGGAGUGUAGCGAGUGCAAGGACUGUAACGAGCACCGACAGAACGCGCUGGACGGGAGUAUGCCCGACACGGUGUUGACCGUGUUCCAGACGGCGGUCGAUCAAGCCAACAAAGGACUGAUGAACUGGGUGUUCAAACACCGAGGGGCACGGCUGUUGAAGGCGCUCUCCCUACCGGCCACACUUCCCGCGGACAUCGUUUGCGCCACCCUAACCAACGGCGUCGGCACGGACAUUGAGCGGCGCCAGUUUCAGUACAAAGUGCUGGGCAACAUAAUCUGUCCGGCGACGUCCCCUUCCACGGAACCGAUGAACCCUUCCUGUCAGAAAUGUCUCGCUCGAAGACUGCGUGCCCUGUCCAGUGGUUCCGGCACGGUUCAAAUACGGUUGAACGAUCAGGAGGCACGCGAGCUCGUCCCGAUGGUACGCUCGCUCGAAACACGGCUGAAACGACUGAUGGUAGCAACUCCGACGAUCGGAAGCGGGCUGUGGUCGGUGAGCAAGUUCGCGCUGAAGACGCUGAACGCGAUGUUGAUCAGGGUGCGACGGGGUCAGCAGAUCGCCGCUAAAAUCCAGUGCACGAUGGCGUACACGGAGUACACGACCGGCCAGGGCGGUGCCCAGCUGGUGUCGCGCCGGGUCAGCACUCGGGCGGCCGGCGGAUCGCUUUUGGACGUCCGGGUCGACAACGGAUCGGACCUGGUGGCGGUGGUGACGCACGGCGAGCAUGACCGGAAUCGCGGCGAAGGCGGUGAAGAUCACCCGGACUACGACACGUUCGACAACGUGCUGCAAGCCACGUCCCACCACGACUCGAUGUACGCGUACUUUUACAUGGAUGACAACCAGAAGGUCAAGGUGACGGAAAUCUUCGACAUGACGGACGACGGCAAUCCGGCGUUGCAGACGGCCCAGGAGCGCGAGCUGAACCAGCAGCUGGAGUUCGACAACGAUGACUGGGAAUCGACGGCCACAACACAGCCAGACUUCCUCUACGCCGACUCGUACCACAGUGGCGGCGACGAAAUGAUCGACCUGGACGAGCUGAUUGCGGAUCCGUGCCUUUACCUCAACAGUAACCACCAGAACUUUCCCCACUAUCACCAGCAGCAGUUCCGGCACCACCACCACCAUCACCAGCAGCUCACCGACGGUUGUCUGCAGACGCAUCACCACCACCACGUGCAGAUCGAGGAGUUACCCGCGGACGAUGCGUAUCUCCAGCCGGAAGCUGACCAACAGCAGGCCCUGCUUUCGGAAGCGGCUGCACGGUUGCUAGGCAAGGCACCCGCUUCGGCCUACUCGAUUGUGGAAAUGUAAUUGAGUGUGUGUGUGUGCGUGACGGAUGCGCGUGUGCGUGUGUUUGUGUGCAGUUUUGUGGCAGAGCCAACCAUGAUGAUAUUUUACAAUCAACAGGAACUUUGUAGUUACCAUAGCGUGCGCGAGCGUGUGAUCGAAUGUUUUGUUUUUGGUGUGAUUUUUUUAUUAAGGAAGAAAGCGUGAGCAAUUCGAAAAGGGAAAAAUGUGUUCUUUAUCCAAAAAGCGAAACAAAGUUUUAAUCGACUUAUCGAAAAUAAAUAUCCCCAUUGAAAAUGACAUUUUUUAUCCCCCCUCCCCCAAACUUGCAAAUAUAUCCCGUAGCCUUUAAGUAAACUAUCAGUUUUUUAAACCGUAUUUGAUUUUAGCAAACUGAAUGUGAUGAUAUCGAAACAAAAAACAAAAACAAAAAAAUGCAAGCAAAGCUCCACGCAAAACGAGGCGGAAAGCUUUUCAUGGCUGUGCAAUCGGAAAAAGUUUUCUGCGUUCGAAGUCGGGGCUAAGUUGUAACGGAUACCAAUAUACAAGUUAUACAAAACAAUAAUAAACUCACAGAAUAGUUAGCGACUAAGCGAAUCGAGGCUUCAAACUUGGAAAUUGUGGUAGAAUGCGAGAGUUUUAUUAAUUCGUACAGUGCAGACGCGAUCUAGUUGUCUCUAAUUGUUUAUUGCGUGCUUUGCACGAUCCAGCUUUCGCACUCUUCAAGUGGCUUUUAUUUAAUGGCGUUAGUAUGUAAAAAAGGAAGACGUAUAUCGUAACGGAAGCUCCUAUAUUUAUACACUAUUUUAAUAGGCUAAUAAAAGAGAUAA